AUGAGGAUAUUUUCUGGAAUCCAGCCAACAGGAACUAUGCACAUUGGGAACUACCUAGGAGCAAUCAAAAAUUGGGUUUCACUUCAGGAGGAAAGUGAAGGUGCUGUAAUAUAUAGCAUUGUAGACCUGCACUCCAUUACACUCCCUCAAGAUCCUGCCAGUCUGCGACAAAGUAUCAGAAAUAUGGCAAUUUAUCUUCUGGCUUGUGGAGUUGAUCCUGUAAAAAGCAUCCUCUUCCAGCAGUCUCAGGUAAGCCUAUAUGAUUAGAGAUUUCAGAGUGCCAAUUCCAACACUCAGUCUAACAUUAACUAGAUGGCCCUGUUAUGACAGCGACUACACCAUACAUCAGAGGUACCUCUGAAACUAUCGUACAUAUACUACAAAUUACCUUACAACAUGCACGUUGCACACAAACCGAUAACCACUUUACGACGACUUCUUACUAAUGUCAAGAACAAAGACAGACUGGAGGACAGACAGGGAGCAGUACUAUACAAGUCCAAAUGCUGCGACUGUUAGGCUACUUACACUUGUGAGACCGGCAGAAACCUUAGCACGCGACUGAUUGAACACAAAUGAGUGACAAGAAAUGGUGAUGUCAACAAUCACAUUGCUGAACACCAUUUACAGGUGAAACAUUAAAUUGACUGGGACUCUGCAACAUGCAUAACAUAUUCUACAGACUACUAUCAAUGACUCACUUUAGAAAGCUGGUUUACAAACUUAGAACAAAUGCCACUGAAUUGCAGUCAACAAUUACCAGCACCAUACAAAAGACUUAUUGAUGGACUCAAACAAAACUGACAAUGACAGAAUGACUGAUAAGCGACAAGUUGACUCACAAUAAAUGACUGUCCAACUGUGACAAAAAGAUGGAUCGAAAUGCACCAAUGACAUUUGAGAGUCUUUUUAGCCCAUAACAUCACAGCUUAACUGACAAGUGACCAACAACACUGCGACUUAAUUGAUCGGUCAGGUCAACGACCAGAGUUUAAUACCAUCAACCUACGAGAUACAACUCACUUUGACUCUGAAGAUGACUACAGCACAGGUUGUUGAAACAUCCCUCACUGUCAACAACAGGACUACAUUCACCUGAACAAUCAUACUUUUCGAUAGCAAACCAGGAAGCUGUCAGCCAAUCUGCGGCAUUAUUAUUGCGAAUAAAAGGUAUAGCUUUGCAAAAGCGGCCCUUGUUCGUUCUAUUCGCGCUAGUGGGAAGAACCGCCGCCAUCUUGGAUUUAGCAUUGUUAUGCGCAGUACAGGGUGCGCAGUGCAAAACAAGGGAAUUACCUUAAGGAAUGACUCAUGCAGGCUUCAGACCUUUCACAUUUUCAUUGUAACUGCUGAGAACUGUUGUAGGUCAGCUGAAAGUGCAAGCAAAUUCUCAGCUGGUGGAGCAAGAAAAAGGCUUCCAAAUUCUUCUUCUCUCUCUCUCUCUUAAUUUAUUCCCUUGCCUGUAUCUCUGAGAGCUUGCUUUCAAGCUUCUGGCAAUAAUCAUUCAAGCAGUAUUGGGAUACCACUCUAUUCUCUGUGUGCUUCAAUACAUUAAUCUCAGAAUUCUCCCUACACUGUAAUUUCUGCCCCCAAACAUUAAAAAAGAUGCUUCUGUCAAUGCAGGAUAAUCAUUAGUUUCAGAGCCUUUAAGGAUUGCAUUGCCGACCAUCUAUUUAGGACUUUAAAAAACUUGAAUUCCAGCUGGUCAUUUUGGCAAGCAGCUCUCACAUUUAACUUUAACCUGGGGCCACUUCCUACUCAUCUUCGUUAAUGAUUUUGUCAGAGGAUGACUUGGACCUUUGGCCAUUGGAAAAGUGAGCUUUAAAAGUUACUUGCCCAGCAAGAAAGUCCACAUGUCCCAGGCUACAGACCGGAUAGGACUUUCUUCAGGCUCUGCAUCUCUCCUUAUAUUUUGUUUCAUUGUAUAAAAGGUAUCCCAGCAUGCAGAGUUGGCUUGGAUUUUAGGCUGCAUGGCUCCCACAGGGUUUUUAAAUCGCAUGCACCAGUGGAAGGUAAUAUGUGGCCAUUAUUUCAUUGAUCAUUUAAUGUGACUAAAUGUAAUUUAGGCAAACCUAAACUCAAACCAAUAAUGCUGGUCAGCAGUUUCUACAAUUUUGCAUGGGGUGGCUCCUAUACUCUGAGAAAGCACACCUUGUGACUUGUAUACACAGUUGCUUGAUUGGAGUUCUACUCAAAGUGUCUUUUUCUAUAUAUAGUUUUUUGUUUCUUGUUUGCCGUUUUAGUGCUGUGUUUCUCCCAACCCUUCUCCAUGUUUAGUAAGGGGAUUGAUAAGUGUUAGUCGGUAAGUAUUCCACUAAGCAAUUCAGUAUGAUGGUGCCUGGUGGAGGCUGCUCGCAGCAUUGCCAUGGAUACCUCCUUUCUCAUGCUAGAGAAUUGCCAUGUACAUGUAGACACCCUCACCCAAGCUCAUCUAUUGAUGAUGAUUUUAAUCUGAAAACACGCCUUUUCAAAUCUUUUUGACUUUGUUUUCCAAUUUUUUUUUCAGACAAAAGGAAAUGAAAACAAGGAACAAAGUUGCUUAGGACUCUAUUCCUACCCUGUUUUAAUGGCAGCCGACAUUCUCCUUUACAAGUAACCUUGAUCAUUGUGAAUUUGCAAAGUUAGACAUAAUUCUCAUUUUUAUCUGUCAAGUGAACAUCUAUACCUGCCAACUUUCAUGCAUUAUGCGUGAUUCUUGUGCCUGCCGACUAAAGACAUUGAUCUCUGCCACACAUCAAGGGCACUUUCUCAUGCCUUAACCAAUAUUCAAAUUCAAUUUCCCCAGAUAUUCCAAAAAGGCACUUAACAUUGACUUUGUGUCCUAACUGUAUCACAUUAUGCUAAUAUUGUCUCCUUUUAAAUAGCUUAAGAAGUGCUCAGAGAUCAUUGGAACAUCUUCGGGGUAAUGUUCAGAAAUAUAUUCGGAAGUGGGCGGUACACUUUUGGAGAUCCCAAUCGUCACAAGAGAAAAAUCUCAUUCACCUGACUCAGAAAAAGUUGGCAGGUAUAACUGAGUGGGAAUUCUGACAGACAUUUAUUUAUUAACCAUUUACCUUCAGAGCCACACAUGUUCCAAUUGGAGAAGACCAACUUCAGCACCUGGAACUUGCCAGAGAACUUUGCCGACUGUUUAACAACAAAUAUGAAGACUUUUUUCCUAUUCCCAAGGCUAUACUAGGUAAAGCAUUUAUGCCUGUUAUCUGUGAACGAGCUAUUUAAUGAGAAUGCUCAGGUCCUGUGUCUGACAGGAAAUGAUUUGCGUGAGAAAACAGCUGUGGCCAGCCUGUAGCACACGUGUGAAACCAAGCUUUGCCAUGCUACACAAUUAAGUUCAACUUGACGUCUGAAACCAAAUCGUGCUAUAGUUGUGCUAGAGUCAUGUUGAACUCGAACCGGCUUAAAACAGUGGUAGCGUGACGUUUGACACAGGCCUGAAAUUUUUGUGACUACCACUGGUUUCCCCGCGAAAUGGGAACAAGCGCAGAAAUUCCAUACUGACGAGUGUCACUACUCAGAUAUGGGUAGUGCUUCUGAUUGGUUAAAGCAAAUUUCCCUCACGGUACCAUUAUUUUCCACUUCUUUCUGCAGGUAACUUUAAACGUGUGAUGAGCCUUAGAGAUGCCACAACAAAAAUGAGUAAAUCAGAUCCCCAGGAAAUGUCCAGGAUUGAAUUGUCAGAUUCACCAGAUACCAUAAAGACAAAGAUACAAAAAGCAACAACAGACUCUGAAAAACAUAUCAGUUAUGAUCCACAAAACAGACCAGAAAUGUCAAAUCUUAUAAACAUUUAUGCGGAAUUUAGUGGCUUGUCACAUCAACAAGUCUGCGACAGAUAUCAAAACAUGGAGAAGUGCAAAAAAGCUUUCAAAGCAGACUUGACAGAGUUAAUAGCAUCCGAGCUCAGCUUUGUGCGAGAUAACGUUAGCACAAUUCAACAGGAUGGGAGCUAUGUUGACAGUGUUCUGAGUACUGGGGCUGAGAGAGCACGAAACAUUGCUGAAGCGCACUUGCGAGAAAUUAGGCAAAUGAUCGGCCUUAGAUAG